AUGAGCACAAUCUCGGACCGCCCAAAACUUCCAGCGCCCGUCUCGCUUGCCACAGCCCCCGGCCAUCGGAGGAACACGCCCUCUCACGAGAUCCCCCGCCAAACCAUUAUCAAGGCACUUGCCUCUGUCGCCAGAAACCACAAGCCCGAAGCCCUCAGCUUGCCCGGCAUGCUUUCCGCUCACAGCAUGGUCGAUGAGCGGCCCGGCACUUCCUCGUCGCAGCAGCUCACAGACGCUCUCAACGAAAUUGCGGCGAGCCAGAACCUCACCCCCACCCUUUCCACCGCCCUCCCCGCCGGCCUGCAGUCGCCGUGCUUCUACCACCAGCGUUUCGAUGAUGCUGUCGACAUCGACAGGGUUCUCGAGGAGAUCAAGAAUGACCAGUACAUGUCGCAUUCCCGUCUCGUCCAGACCGCCACCGGCGUGCGCGAGGUUGCUAAGCAGCUGCAGCGACGCCCCAUCAAGCGCGCGGUACGCAAUGUCAUGAUUGUCACCAAGGCGCGCGACAACCAGCUCGUCUACAUGACGAGGGAGCUCGCCGGUUUUCUACUCCGGACCCCUCGGUACGGCUCCGACGUUGGCGUCAAUGUCUUUGUCGACGCCAAGCUCCGCAACGGCAAGCGCUUCGAUGCCGCGGGACUUCUUGCCGAGGACCCUCGCUUUGCGGAUAUGCUCAAGUACUGGACCCCCGAUCUCUGCUGGUCCCGCCCCGAGAUGUUUGACCUUGUCCUUACUCUUGGCGGAGACGGCACCGUGCUCUUCACCUCGUGGCUCUUCCAGCGCAUCGUCCCGCCUGUGCUGUCCUUCAGUCUCGGCAGCCUCGGGUUCCUCACAACCUUUGAGUUCGAGCGUUACAAGGACCACCUAAACCGGAUCAUGGGUUCUGAGGGCAUGAAGGUCAAUCUUCGCAUGCGCUUCACCUGCACGGUCUACAGAGACAGCAUCAACCACCAGAACGAAGAGGCUGAGCAGUUCGAGGUUCUCAACGAGCUCGUCAUCGAUCGUGGCCCGAGCCCCUACGUGUCCAACCUCGAGCUUUAUGGUGACGACGAGUUGCUCACCGUGGUCCAGGCGGACGGCUGCAUCUUUUCCACGCCAACUGUGUCGGUGCCGCGGAACUCGCGUGCGACGGCCUACUGUGCGUUUGACGGCAAGGGCCGCCUCGAGCUUCGGCAGGGCGACUACGUCACCAUCACCGCCAGCCAGUACCCGUUCCCCACUGUCGCUCGGACAGAUACUGAAUGGUUUGACAGCGCGUUUGACCCCUUUGCUGGGGACAAGGAUGAUCUCGCGGGCGACUGCGCCGAAUGGGACAUUGACACGGACUCGGCUUGCUAUGCGAGCGAGGAAGGCAGCGUUAGUGCCAGUCCUCUGAGGAGACAGAUGAGCCUCUUGGGCAUGUGA